UGACUCAGUUUCAGCAGUUGUUCCUGCAGAAUGAAGACCCUUCUCAUCAGCUUAGUGGCGGCCACGGUGCUCGGGGUGGUGAUGUCUCUUCCCUUCCAACGGGACACACUUAAACAGCUCAUACCUCUUGCCAAGAGCCUGGGGGCGACGAAGUUCGCCGACUUUGUUCACGAAGCCAACCUGACAGCUAACUUCACAAGGAAAGCUGGGAACUUCACCCUGUUCGUCCCAGACAACAAGGCCUUCAAUGUUCUGCCAAGAAACAUCACAGGAAACAAGACCCUGCUGAGACAGCUCAUCCUCUUCCACUCCGUCAAUGGAACUUACAACAGAUCCGAAUUGAUCCGAAACAAGAAACUGAGGACGCUGUCUGGAAGAUUCCUGCACUUUAACCACACCAAGACUAAGGCAGUGUUCGUGAACGGUGUCAAUAUCACGGGAUUCAACAAGAGAGCCUCCAACGGCUUCAUCUUCCUUGUCAGCAAGGUCGUGCUAAACGGAUCAGGACUGCUCAACACAACCAACAACAAAACGUCUGGACAACUCCGCCGUCAAGCAUAUGUCCUGUGUCGUAAUGGCACUUUGGGUAGAAACUGCACUCACCUUGGCAAUGGUACCAAUGGAAACUUCACCCAUAGCGCCAACACUGUCAAUCGCCCAAUCCAACAUGCCAAUGGCUCAAUAUGCAUUAACGGGACUUACGGGAGAAACUGCACCAACCAUGGCAACGGUACCCGUGGACACUUCACCAACCACCCAAUCCAGCAUGCCAAUUUCUCAGGAUGUAUUAACGGGACUUACGGGAUAAACUGCACCCUCCAUGGCAACGCUACCAAUGGAAACUUCACCAAUUACCCAAUCCAGCAUGCCAAUUUCUCAGGAUGCAUUAACGGGACUUACGGGAGAAACUGCACCCUCCAUGGCAACGGUACCAAUGGAAACUUCACCAAUUACCCAAUCCAGCAUGCCAAUUUCUCAGGAUGCAUUAACGGGACUUACGGGAGAAACUGCACCAACCACGGCAACGGUACCAAAGGAAACUUCACCAAUUACCCAAUCCAGCAUGCCAAUUUCUCAAAAUGCAUUAACGGGACU